GACCAAACUCUAAAACCCUACAUCAUCGAACUCUACAAACCGCAAAUAUGUCUCCAGGAAAGAUUUCAUCCCUCGACUUUGAAAAGUUCUACAACAUUGUAGACGGCAAGCAGCGCGGAUCCGACCAGAUUCACCACGGUAUCAACCCCUCAACCGGCCAGGAGCUUUGGGAUGUGCCUAUCGCCAGUGAGCAAGAUCUCAACGAUGCCGUCGCAGCAGCAAAGAAAGCAUACCCUGCGUGGAGAGAUACCCCACUUGCGAAGAGGAAGGAGGCCCUCGUCAAGAUAGCCGAGUUAUACCAGCAACACCACGAAGAAUUUCUCACCCUACUUCGCAAGGAGAAUGGAAAGCCGAGCCAAAUCGCAAACAUGGAAGUCAAGGGAGCUGGCGACUACUUUUUGUACCACGCCAGCCUUGACAUUCCUUCAGAGACGAUCGAAGACGCCGAGAAGACCUUGUACACAGAGUACACGCCCCUGGGUGUCUGCGGUGCCAUCUGCCCAUGGAACUUUCCCCUCAUCCUAUCUGCCGGCAAGAUGGCACCCUGCCUCUUGACUGGUAACUGCAUGAUUGUCAAGCCUUCCCCAUUCACCCCAUACACUUCUCUCAAGUUUGUUGAGCUGGCCCAGGAGAUCCUCCCACCCGGUGUCCUCCAGGUAGUUGGUGGCAACAAUGAGCUCGGUGUUGGAAUGUGUGAGCACCCUGAUAUUCACAAGAUCUCCUUCACUGGAUCCAUCGCGACAGGAAAGAAGGUUAUGGCAACAUGCUCAAAGACUCUUAAGCGCGUCACUCUCGAGCUGGGUGGAAACGACGCCUCCAUCAUUAUGCCCGAUGUCGACAUCAAGAAGGUUGCACCACAAGUUGUCAUGGGCGCUUUCCAGAACUCCGGCCAGGUUUGCGUAGCCACCAAGCGCAUCUACAUCCACGAGACUAUCUACAAAGAAUUCCUGGAGGAAAUGACCAACUUUACUAAGAACAUGAAGGUCGGAAACGCAGAAGAUGAUACCACUAUGCUUGGGCCCGUGCAAAAUCAAAUGCAAUACGAACGCGUCAAGGGGUUCUUUGAAGACAGCAAAGCCAAGGGCUACAGAUUCGCCGCCGGAGCACCAGACGUCGAGUCUGGCAAGGGAUUCUUCAUCCAGCCAACAAUCAUCGACAACCCACCCAGCGACUCCCGCAUCAUCCAGGAAGAGCCAUUUGGACCCAUUGUGCCUACACAGCCAUGGUCGGAUCUUGAGGAGGUUAUUGCACGCGCUAACGACACCAACACCGGCCUUGGCGCAUGUGUAUGGGGCGCUGACGUAGAGAAGGCGAGCCAAGUUGCGCGACGAUUAGAAGCCGGUUCAGUCUUUGUCAACUCAUUUGAGAAGCCAACACCCCAGGCUAUCUUUGGUGGACACAAGGAGUCUGGAAUCGGUGGAGAGUGGGGCACAACGGGUCUGCUUGCGUACUGCAACGCCCGCGUCAUUCACGUGUACAAGUCGUAGAUUCGCGAGUCAUGAUGAAACAAGAAGAAGAGCGGCCAUAUCUUAGUUGAAAUAAGAUCAGCUUACGAUGCUUAACCAUCCU